AUGAGCUCUGACGAUGCCUCGCCUCAGGCAGGCCAGACAUAUGAUAACGCUUCCUCACCCUCUACCCGCAAACCUGGGCUCGCGAAACAUAACCUCCAACUCCGGCAAGAGUCAAUUGUGAGGCCUGAUAUUUUCACAUUGUGUUUUGGAUUUUUCGGCACAGGCGCCUGGAAACAAAAGGUCGCCCAAACAGUGACCGAGCGAGUGGAGAACCACUACGUGCUGACACAACGACCACCAACCCAAGAUGAACUCGAUGCAAUGGUGGAGCAUGGAACGCGAUGCCUGUACCACGCGCGGACGGGUUUACCCAUAAGCUCAUUCCUCGGAACAGCACUUCUCUACAGCCAAGCACGCAAGUCGCCGCUCUUCCCGCGCAACCCCACACCAGCUGCACUCUUUAAUACAGUGCGCACCAUGGCUAGCGAUGCGAGCCUCAGAGGGAACAUCGGAUCAGCGGCAUUCAAAAUGGUCUUCAUUAUUACUCUUGGCAGCAUGGCAUCGAGCGCUUAUGCGGUUUCACAAGAUGCCAUGCACAUGUUGACGGACCCACGACUGAAGCAGUUUGUCGAGGACGUGCGCAAAGCGAAACCAGAAGAUGUGCGCAAGCGUAAGAUUGAGGCCGCCCAUGCGCGUCUCCGCGGCAUGCGCAAUGGUGAGCAAGAUAUUGGAUCCCAGAUCAUCGGCACACCUGCUGGAUAUACAGGCGACAACGGGUACGAACAGGAGCAGACGUCUUAUGAUUCUCCGGCCCAGCCGAAUUCUUAUUCUGAAUACGUGAGCUCCAAUGAUACCCAGGGGAGCUCUCAGUCUGCUUCAUAUGAGUCGUCUACACCGAAUAUGAAUGCUGGCGCAAUCUGGGCACGCGGCAGGGGUACUCAACCUGAGUCAAAUUCGGCUUUGGAUUUUAUGGAUGAGGACGAUGCCAGCCCUACGGCGGUGGAAUACCGGGAUACAAACAUCGAUGGUUCUUCUAAUGGCAGUGCUUGGGACCGGAUUAGACGACAGAAUGCGGGAGCACGCGCCCAGCCUCGACAGCAGCCCGGCAUGUCACAGGCUACUAUGAACCCUUACUCUGUCGGGUUUGGCCAGAGUGAUCAAGAAAAGUACGACUCCAACCAAAAGUCUGAGAGAGAUCAAGCACAGGCAGAGUUUGAUCGGAUGAUUGAGGCCGAGAGGAACGCUGGCAGCGAAGGAUCACCUCGAAACAGAGGCUGGUGA